UGAAUUUAGAGGUAGACGAACUUUAGGAGUAACACUUUUCUUGUAUAUGUUUAGUUUCAGUCUAGUGUGACCAAUUCUAUUCUGUUAUAAAAACAACCUCGAACUCGACGUCGACAAGAGCGCCCUUAAAGCAUAAAUGUUCAAAUAACAUCUACUUCAAAGAUAAUAUAGGAUUUGUUUCAUUGGAAAGUGGAAAGCUUCUUAAUAAAAUAGGAUAACAGUAAGAAAAAUUGUUUGUCGGCCCUGUUCAAAUUAAUAAUUAACGCUGUGUUGUAUUAUUUGAAUUGUUGAUACAAGAUUUUAACAGCAGUAGUCUGAAAGUGCGCAAAAUUACACAGACUUCUCAAAGAAAUAAAAAAAAUAUAUCUUUAUAAUAUAGACACAGAUUUGAAAUAAGAAUAAAUAUAAAAUAACCAAUAAUUAUGUUUAUAAGUAAUAUUAAUGCAUCAAUUGGUUUUUCUUUGACUGCCUUGCGGUUGGUUGGUUUCUGGUCGCCGGAGAAUAUGAUGGGAAAACAAAGAAUUCUCUACAACUGCUAUGGUUUCAUGUGGUUUAUGUUUCUAUUAGGUAUUUACAUAAUCAUUGCCAAUAGAGUAAUCAGAAAUCUUGAAAUAAACGUUCAAAAGUUAUUUUACUUACCAUAUUUUUUAUGUGUCAAAUCUUUGAAAUUACAACUGUACUUUUUUUUAUUUACAAUAACUAGUAACGAAAAUAAUUUUGAGUAGCUUACAUAAUUAGUUAGUU